GAGUUUGGCAGACACAAACGUACACAAACACAAUUCAUACACAGAUACACUUGGUUGGACAAAAAAAAAAAAUAUAAAACACAAAAAAAAUAUCAACCAGACGAUUUUUGGCAAGUAGUGGUGCCAACAAACAGGUCAUAGGUGACAACACGAGUUCGCCCAGUUUAGAGUGUGCGUUGAUCGUGUGAGCUGCCGGCAUUCAGUACUCACUCCACCAAACGGACGAGAGAGUACGAGUGUUAAGGAUCCCGCUGGUACUAAAAGCGGAAUAGGUAGCUGUGAGGGAACCCAAGGAGACCCCCAAGGAGCUUAGCACCUAGUGACCUUCAGGAUACCCAUCCAUCUCUGCUAGUGUCAUCGUCAGAAUGGUCAUCAACCUGAACCCGAGCACCUCCACGAACGCCAAUGGCACCGUCCACGGAAGCGGAAACGGAAGCGUUACCGGCAAUGGCAGUGGCGACGGGGCUGGCUCCGCCAGCGGCAAUAACGCGGUAAAUGCCAACGGAGCCGGAAACGGAUUUGGAAUAGUGGCACAUCCAAACGGAAACGGUUUCCAAAUCACUGCCAACCUACACGGAAGCGGAAACGGCAGUGCCAUCGCCGACGAUGACGAGAACCCGAACGAUUUCGGCAUCGAAAUCGGCAUGGACCUCGACAUCGAUAUCGGCAAUCUGGCGGGGAACGGAAGUGGACAGGGGUUCGGAUUUGGAACCGGAGGCGCCAGCGGAAUCGGCCACGUGAACGGGAAUGGAAACGGAGACGGUGGCAGCUCCAGCAACCUGAUGGGCAUCAUCAGCCACGCGGUGUUCGACGGGAUCGUCUAUAUGCACGUGGUCUGCGCCGGGGAGUCGAGCGCCAAGUGGAUCACUCUGGACGAGGCCAUGGCCUACUGUCCCUCCGGCGUGGUUGCCUACACGAAGCUGCAGCUGGCCCAGAUCUACGGUGUGCCGAUGGAAGCGCUCUUUUAAGAAGCGUCUCCUCCCCCACACCGCCCACUCCCGAGAAGAAGAUGGCUAUCAUUGUUUUGACUUUGUGGCUGUCGCAGUCGCCGGAGGCAACGAGACACGUCACAUCCCACCACACACCACUGAUCUGACUUCGCAGCUUCCCGAGCAUUCACUUCCUUCACUCGAAACCCAAAAUUCAAGUUAGUAUGUUUUCAAGUUCAUCCAAACCAAGGAAAAAAAAAAAAAAAAAAAAGUACGACCUGUCAUCGAAAGGAUUUUCAGGAGAAAGUGUUUAUGUUUGCUUCGAUCACAACCGGUUGAAGUUUUUAUUGUCUGGAGGAUGUCAGUUUAGGAGUACGAUUCCCUAGAGGAUCGUUCCAACCACACUUCUGUAAACAUGUAUUAGCUCUCCAUAUUCAACAUAAAUCCGGAAUGAAGUUUGUCUGAAUUA